AUGGCUCACAGGAAGCAAAUCAGAGUGUCACAGACAGAUAAAACAAAAUCUGACAAAGGUAAGGAGAGUAAAAAAAAAAGUGCUUUAAUUGAAAAUGUAAGUGAGGAUCUUGAACAAGCUGGGCAUGUUUAUAAAAGUAAAGGAAAGGGACGUAAACGAAAGACUGUAAGUGUUGAAAGAGAAGGAGAAGAAGAAAAGGCCACACGAGGAAAAAGAUUAAGGCGAAAGAUUGUUAGAAUGGACAGUAGUUCAGAUGAAGAACUUACAGAAAUUGCACAGACGACUGCAGCUCACACAAAACAAAGAAAGGACAAAGAUAUUUCAAAAUCUCCUGAGGCAGAAUUUAUUAACGAGGACAUUGCACAGCCAAGUACAUCAGGUAUAAAUGUAAGACCUGCACAAAGGAGUCGAAGAAACAGUACUGAUAGCUCCACAGAUGAAGAUAAAAUGAAAAAAAGAGAGGAAGUGACAGAGCUAAAAGUCACCGAAGAAACAGGUGAAGUAGGUAGUGAAAAUAUUGAUGAAAGUGAAGAUAUUGAUGAAAGUGAAGAAAAGUGUAAAGUUUGUGAUACAGUCAAUAAAGAGUUUAAAGGUGAAUUCCUAUGGAUACAAUGUGAUGGCUGCAAUGGCUGGCUUCAUCGAGCAUGUGCUGGACUUCAGCACCAUAUGAAGUGGAAAAAGGUAUAUAAAGCAAUGACAGAUGCAACAGAUGACAGGAUAAGGGAAUUAGAAAUCAUGAUCAGACUGAUAGACAGUGACGGGUCCCAAGCUCAUCAUGCUCGGCAAGGUCAGCAGGUUGGAGUGUUCGGCGGGCCUUGA